AUGUUGAGUGCUUCAUGUGUUCUCUGGGAUGCCAAAUAUCCCUUGUAUUACUAUGGCUCCAUUUUUGCCAUUAUCCUAAUAAUCUGGCAAGUGAAAAGGAGUUACUAUGGAUUGAGGUUGGAACCUAAAAGGAGCUGCUGCCAGCGUCACCGGAAAGUCAGGCAAAGGGCCAGAGAUGCAGCAUCAAGAGCUAGGAGACUUUUCCAGGAAGAAGCUGAGAAGCCAUGGAAGCUGCUCUCUGUCAUGAAAAGCCAGGGCUGGCUUCCUCAGAAGGGAAGUGUACGGCGGCUCCUGUGUGCAGAUCCCUGCUGCCAAAUCUGCAAUGCUGUGGCUCUGGAGAUUCAGCAGCUACCCAGUCUUCCAGAGUCUGGCCUGAGAAAUAAGAUGAAAUCCUUUUUGAGCCGCAUUAACCCCGAGAUGAAAGGCAAAGGGCAAGUGGAAUCCAUGCCCUCUACAGCUGGCAAAAGAGGCCAAACCCAGAAAAGAAACUGCUGA